CGUAGAAGAAGAAAACACGGAAAAGGCCGCGGUUACGUCAUAGGCAUGUGCGGACAUCGCAGCGUCUAGAAAGUUCUCCCAGCUCUCAGUCGGACGACGCAUUCAAACAACUCCACCAAAGCUAGAAAAUGUCGGCCAUCUCCCAGAAACAUGUGCGGGGGGAGAGCGUGUUUAAAGAGCUGAGCGCCGACGACGAGGGCUGGCUGCCCACGGAGAUCGAGAGUCUGUGCAUGAACUGCUACCAGAACGGCGUCACCCGCCUGCUGCUCACCAAGAUCCCCUUCUUCAAGGAGGUCAUUGUCAGCUCCUUCAGCUGCGACAACUGCAGCUGGUCCAACACGGAGAUCCAGUCCGCGGGGCGCAUCCAGGAGCAAGGCGUCUGCUACACGCUGCAAGUACGCAGCCAAGCAGACUUAGACCGGGAGGUGGUGAAAAUGGACAGCGCGACCACCAGGAUACCGCAGCUGGAUUUCGAGAUCCCUCCCUUCACGCAGAAAGGCUGCCUGUCCACCAUCGAGGGCCUUUUGGACCGGGCUGUAGCCGGACUGGAGCAGGACCAAGCGGCCAGACAGGCAGCCGACCCGGAAGUGGCCGGGAAAAUAGACGCCUUCAUCCAGAAACUGAAAAAGCUCAAAGACGUGCAGGAGGAGUUCACUUUGGUCAUUGAAGAUCCAUCAGGCAACAGUUUUGUGGAGAACCCCAAGGCCCCCCGGAAGGACGAGGCCCUCACCGUGUCCCGGUUCAGGCGGAGCAUCCAGCAGGAGAAACAGCUGGGUUUGAGGGCGGAUGACGACCCAGAGGACGAGGACGAGGACGAGGAGCCACGGGGCAACGACUUGGACACCAUGAGGAGUGAAGUUUUGGUGUUCAACACCAACUGUCCCGAGUGCAACGCCCCGGCCUCCACCAACAUGAAGCUGGUCCAGAUCCCUCACUUCAAGGAGGCCGUCAUCAUGGCCACCAACUGUGACAGCUGUGGGCAUCGGACCAACGAGGUCAAGUCGGGCGGUGCCACCGAGGAAAAGGGCACCAGGAUCUCCCUGCGCAUCAGCUCCGCUUCUGACAUGACCCGAGACCUGCUCAAGUCUGAGACCUGCAACGUCCUCAUCCCCGAGCUGGAAUUGGAGCUGGGCAUGGGGGCGGUGUGUGGGAAGUUCACCACCCUGGAGGGCCUGCUGACCGACAUCAGGGACCUCAUCGUCUCCAAAAACCCCUUUGUCUGCGGUGAUAGCGGUGAAUCCGAUCGCACGCAGAAGCUGAAGGAGUUUGGUGAGAAGAUCGACAAGAUCAUAGCCGGGGAGAUGAAGGUCCACAUCAUCCUGGAUGACCCGACCGGGAACAGCUACCUGGAGAACGUUUACGCCCCCGAGGCCGAUCCAGAGAUGACCACCGAGAAGUACACUCGCUCGUUUGAGCAAAACGAAGAGCUGGGGCUGAACGAUAUGAAAACAGAAGGCUACCAGGAAGUCAACUGAAAGCUCUCAAGAGGCCGAGGACCAUCUUUGUCUUCUCCUGGCAUGAAAUUUCUAAAUGAGUUCAGGAGUGAACACAUUCUCAAAAGACAAAGCUUUGCCUCUUAGCCAAUGUUGUUUUUAUCGUAUCAUGGGUUUUCUUGGUUAUGUUAUCAUCAUCAGUAUGUUUUAAGAAGAGAAAAAAGUUCUAAGUUGUUUAAUGGUGCAGUGGAAACUAAGUCUACAUGCCAUUGCAGAUAAUCCUGUACAAUACUUGGGAAUUUUGGUUGCAAUGCCUUGGUCUGUCACAAGAGGGUGCUCAGCCAUAGCUGGGAGUUCUCAUGGGUUUUAGAUUUCCUGUUUGUCAGUAUCCUUUCAAUGACAAACAGCAGUCAUAAUGGCAAGUGGGUUAUAUAUUUUAAAGAAAACAGAGCGACUGGUUUAAAUAUUAUUUUAUUUGGACAACACAGCCAUGUUGCCUUCAUAUUAUUUAGAGCCAUGUGGGAGUUAUGAGGCAAAAUAUGUUGAUGAAAUGUGUUGAUAUGGAAGUGCAAGAGCUAUUUGGAAAUAAAUAAUUAUGGAACA